AUGCGGCACGAAGCAAGCUCUCCUCCAACAGCGUCGCAAAUCAAGAAACAAGUGGAGUACUACUUCUCGCCGAGGAACAUCAGCAGAGACAUCUUCCUGCAGAACAAGGCAGCCGAGCACCCGCAAGGUUGGGUGCCCCUUGACGUCAUCAUGACCUUCAACAGGAUGAAGCUCCUUGGCGCAAACCCCCAGGAGACGAUCGAAGCGCUGAAGGAUUCGGAGGUCGAGAUCAUGGAGGAGGACGGGAAGGUCAUGUUGAGGAGGAAGGAC